CUUUUCGUUGACUCUUGCUCUUUCUUUACCCGAGGGAUGAUCCCAAAUAAACAGGUAUGGAAGCUAUAAUUGUAAACCACGAUCGAAUUUAUGGAAGCAUUGGUUUAUACAUUCCUCUUAGUAUCGACCUUAGGGAUAAUUUUUUUCGCUAUCUUUUUUCGAGACCCGCCUAAAGUUCCAACUAAAAAAAUGAAAUGAUUUUUCAUUAUCUCAAUUGAAGUAAUGAGCCCCCCAAUCUUGGGGGGCUCAUUACUUCAACUAGUCCCCGUGUUCCUCGAACGGAUCUCUUAGUUGUUGAGAGGGUUGCCCAAAAGCAGUAUAUAAGGCGUACCCGGUAAAACUUACAAGUAAACCAGAUAUAGAGAUGGCGACUAAGGUUGCUGUUUCCAUUAUUAUAUAACUUCAAGACCACGAUGGAUCUAUGAUAAGAUCUUACAACGGAAUGGUAUACAAAGUCAACAGAUCUCACUGAAUACAAAAUAAGAUUUAUGGCUACACAAAGCGUUGAAAGUAGUUCUAGAUCUGGUCCAAGACGAACUGCUGUAGGGGCCUUUUUGAAACUACUGAAUUCGGAAUAUGGUAAAGUUGCCCCUGGAUGGGGAACGACUCCUUUGAUGGGUGUUGCAAUGGGUCUAUUUGCGAUAUUUUUAUCUAUUCUUUUGGAGAUUUAUAAUUCUUCUGUUUUACUGGAUGGAAUUAGAAUGAAUUAGAUUUUUCAAUCUAUCAAUCUAAAAAGCGAAACUUUUUGGUCUCAGAUUUUUAGCCCAGUCUGUUUUGGUAGUUCGACCGUGAAAUUUUUUUGUUUCUGUAGUUCCGGAAUAUGAGUGUGUGACUUGUUAUAAUUGAUCCUAUUGAUAGUACAGAAAAUGAGUCUGUUGUCUUGAUAGAGAUAGUUUUACUCCAUCGGGAUAUUAUCUGGAGCACAGAAAAUAUGAAAUGGAUAACGAAGUAUUCGAACUAUGAUUCAUACGUAAUAUUCAAACCUCGCAGCCGGAUUCUAAAAAAAAUUCAAAGAAAGAGUUAAGGAGUUAGAUUCUAAAUAGAAAUCAA